AUGUCCCAGCACUUUUACGACGAAGCUGAGAACCUCGUUCUCGAUGCCCUCGAGAGCUUGGUCUUGACGCACUCGGGCUUGACGCUCGACAAGUCAAAGAAGGCAAUCUGGCUUACAAACAACGACUCACAAAAGGUCUCCCUCCUCUCAGGAGGCGGUGCCGGUCAUGAGCCCGCUCACGCCGGCUUCGUCGGAGACGGCAUGCUCACAGCUGCUGUCUCUGGUUCCAUCUUCGCCUCCCCCAGUGUCGCGCAGAUCCUGUCCGGCAUUGGCCGCGUAGCUUCCCCCGCGGGUGUGCUUCUUAUUAUCAAGAACUACACUGGUGACAUCUUCCACUUCCACCUGGCCGCUGAGAAGGCAAAGGCCAGCUUGGGAGUUCCCGUUGAGGUGCUCAUCGUCGGCGACGAUGUCUCCGUCGGCCGCAAGAAGAGUGGCAAGGUCGGACGCCGCGGCCUCGCAGGCACUGUGCUCGUCCACAAGAUCCUUGGUGCAUACAAGGAAACCGGCGCGUCGCUGGCGGACGUGCUCAAGUUGGGCAAGACGGUCACCGAUAACCUCGUCACGGUUGGCGCGUCCUUGGACCAUGUGCACAUCCCCGGCCGUGAGGCCGCGGCGCCUUCAUCCGGCGACCAGGUUGAGCUGGGAAUGGGUAUUCACAAUGAGCCCGGUUGCCAGGUUCUGAAGCCCCGGCCCGAGCUGACCAAGCUCAUUGAUGCCAUGUUGAACCAGCUCCUCGACACCAACGACUCGGACAGAGCGUACGUCGACUUUUCCGAUGCAAAGGACGUCGUUGCCCUGGUGAACAACUUGGGUGGCGUCUCGCCCCUGGAGUUCGGCGGCAUCACUGCCAAGGUCGUCAAUGCUCUCGGCGCAGGUGCCCGAGGUCUCAAGCUCGCUCGCGUCAUUUCCGGAACGUACAUGACGAGUCUGAACGGCCCUGGUUUCAGUAUCACUCUGCUCAAGGCCACCCCUGAAAUCCUCAAGUACAUCGACGCCAGCACCGACGCCGUCGGCUGGGCUUACUCGCCCCGCAACGAAACCGGCAGCGACCCCAAGCAGCGCCUCGUUGAGAGCGCAGAGGCAAGCCAUGGGUCUGACGGCGCAAAGAGCGGCGUCCAGCUGAACGUGGACGUUUUCAAGAAGGUCGUCGCCGAGGCGUCAAAGAGACUGAUUGACGCCGAGCCCCAGAUCACCGCCCACGACAGCCAGGUCGGUGACGGUGACUGCGGUGUCACCUUGGUGAGAGGAGCCAAGGCUGUUUCAAAAUACACCGAAUCGUCAUCCGUAAGCGAUGACGCCGUCCGCACGGCUAUCGAUCUUACAAACGUCAUUGAGGACAACAUGGACGGCACCUCGGGCGCCAUCUACAGCAUCUUCUUCGCGGCGCUCUCUUCGGAGCUGCGCAAGGCCGAGGCCGGUGUUCUUGACCUCAAGGCAUGGACCAAGGUGGCCGUUGGAGCUUUGGAGAUCCUACAGCAGGCUACUCCUGCGAGACAGGGCGACAGAACCCUCCUGGAUGCCCUGGAGCCUUUCGUGAAGACCCUGGAGAGCACCGGCAGCGUCAAGGAUGCUGUUGCGGAGGCGAGAAAGGGAGUCGAGGCCACCAAGGGUAUGGCGGCAUCGUUGGGCAGAGCAGUGUACGUGGAGGAGUCUGCCUGGGGCAAGGUGCCAGACCCAGGCGCCGAGGGCGUAUUGGCGAUUCUGGAAGGCCUCGAGGCGGCGACGUCAUGA